GGAACUUCUUGGGUCAUGCAGGAUCAAUGUUAAUUGUACAAAAAUGGAUAGUGCAGAGCGUAAGGUAAAGGGAAAGUGAGAGCGAAUAAAAACGAAGGGGUCCUGCGAUAGCAUAUCAUAAAUCAUCACGGAUUUCGUCACUCGGGUUUGACCCGCCAUAUCACCGCCGCUGCCGCCAUACUUAAAACUAGCACGCCUAGCGCGGUCUGGAUUUGAAUAUUUCGGUCUGAGGAGCCCAUCGUCUGGCCCGCGGCAGCAGGCGUUUUCUGCACAACACAGAUCAAUACCCCGAAGAAAAUGAGAAGCAAAUCUCGCACCUCGGCUGACGGCGUUUCCGCGAAGUUGAGUGACCGCCCAUCAGAAGAGGAGAUUGAGGGUGCCGGGGUAGCCAACACGACUCGGGCAUUCUUUGCCAGCUCUGUGAUGGCAUCCUCAGAGCCAACGCUGUCAGCCGAGGACCCGUCCGAGUUCCCGCUUCCCUUGGGAGAACUGGACCGUCCCCGACUUGAGCUGCGCCUCCUACGGCGACGGCCAGGACUCGAGUCGGCCGACAAGCUCCGAGGACUAGGAGGUGUCACUAGCCCACCAUUGCCAUGUGGAUAAAACACCGACUUGGCAGGUGGCCCGAACAAAGUGUGAUUGGCCAACUUCACCUUGAUGCGUUCAUCCACCAAGCCCAGCAUCUGAGUCUCCCAUUCAUCACGACUACGUUUCAACCGUUCUCGUUCUUGCGCCCAUUCUGAAGACCACUGCCCUUGCAGAGAGCUUUUGAGCGAAUUGAGAGCCGAGGUGACCGUUUCCGGCACAUCCGGGGGCGUCUUCUCUGAUGUGACGGCGGAAACAAGCCCUUCCAGCCGCUUCACUUUUUCUUCAAGCGCAAUGAUGGUCUCUUGUGCAGCAGCAUGCUGGGCCUGCAGCGUGGACGAGAUAGAAAGAGCCGACUCCAGUUGGCUCGAGAUCUGGCCCAGACGAGUCGUCAGUUCGUGUAUGACGUGAUGAUUCGAGCUCGAGGCAGUCGGCGAGGAUGGGGUCAACGAGGACGAUGGCUGUAUGGGACUUCGCAAUGUCGACGAUCGAGCGCCUCGACCCAUGCCGAGCGUACCCGGUUCGGGGGUCCGAGGUCGUGCAUGUUCCCGAUCAUCGACUGCCUCCAUAUCAAUGUCAUGCGACGAUUCCGAAAGCGUUUCCUCGUGCGACAUUUCAUCUCGAUCCUCCUCGUCUUCUUCGUCCACAGGCUCGAGGGAGUGCGGAAUCACGGUCGCGAUACUACGCGCGUCAGAAUCGUCAUCGAGAUCCACCUCCUCCUCCAUAUCAUCGAAGUGAUCCCCAGAUUCGCCAACCGACCGAGAUCCCUGCUGCAAAACGCCGACAAGGUCCCGUAGGCGAGCUUUGUGUUGUAUCCAGUUGCGCUCUGAGAUCCGCCAGGCUCUCCGCACUGGGGCCGGCGGCAACUGGAGCAGCGACGAUAGCCGGAGGUGGCUCCGAUUGUGGAGGCCGUACAGAAGGAAGAGCAUGAGGAUACACAGGGAGAUUUGAAGGC